AUAAAUUCUCAGGCAGAAAUAAAUAAGGUCAUGAUAUUUUAGAAAUGUGUCAUUCUCGCCAUUAUUAAAUUUAAGUUGAGUUAGUUCAACCUAAAAAAAUAAAUAAAAAUGAAAAUAAUCUGGGCAAAGAAUCAAGACUUUUUUUCCCCCUAUAAAAUAUUUACAGUGUGUUCAAGUGCAUAUUUAUUACUUGAAUAUAUAUAUAUAUAUAUAUAUAUAUAUAUAUAUAUAUAUAUAUAUAUAUAUAUAUAUCAAUGAUAGUAUUAACUUACAGUUUAUAAAUGGAGACAAAUAAGAACUCAAAUCCUGCCAAAGGGAUUGCAGCCUACAUGUUUACACAAAAUAAAUGAUGCAGACUUUCUUUUUCCAUUUUACAGAAAACACAUAAGUUGGAUACAUCAGCAAAUGUAGCAAUUAGACAAAUUGUUGGAUAGAUAUUAUGCAAUAUCUUAAAAUGUUAAAGGCACAGAAGAUCACUCGUGAUGCAAAGAUUAAAUGACGUAGGCUGCGUUCUCUCUGUUACGUCACAAGUAGCCUAAGUGAGAUUGAGGAGGGAGUGAAAAAAGGAAAGGAAGGAAGGAGGAAGGAUGAGCCUGCCGAGCUCUAGUGUAGAUAAUGUAUCUGUGUAGCCUGUGAUUUACACCUGCGAUGAUCUAAUGCAAAGCAAUACAAACAGUUAUCUAAAAGCCAUAAACCUGUCCCGUUAUGUGAUGCACAGACGCUUUAUUUGCACUAUCAAAGCGACAUCAAGAUCAUAUUUGUGGAGAAUAUACUUGAACACUCAUUGAACGGAUAUUGUGUUUCCUUUCUUCGGGUCGGGACUGGUGGAGCUUGCAUCGGGCCUUCAUGCAGUAAUGGAGCAGCUAUUAUUUCUUGUAAUUUUCUACUUCCUUCCUACUCUCAUCUUGUCUAUACAUAAUUCAACGACUGGAGGAUGUGCAAUCAUUCGUCCACCCAGAGAUGGAGGGAUACGCUACAGAGGACUGACUCAGGAACAGAUCCGGAGUGUGCAGAUCUUGCCUGUGGACUAUGAGAUAGAAUACAUCUGUAGAGGAAGCAGAAUUAUUGUAGGGCCUAAGGUCCGAAAGUGCCUCCUCAAUGGCACCUGGACUGACAUGAAUCAGCUCAGCAGAUGCUUAUUGGUUUGCCCGCGGUCAUGGAUGUCUCUUGAGAAUGGAAGGGUGGCGCUGCAGCCUCCUGGACAACCAGUAGAGGGCACAGUUCUUCAUUACAGAUGCCAUGCUGGCUUCCUAUUGGAGGGUUUCAACAUCUCUCACUGCACUAAACUGGGCAAAUGGGACUCGCCUAAACCAUUCUGUGUGUAUGACAGGAACUAUACAGGCAAGAAAAAACUGUACAUCGGAGCUCUGUUCCCCAUGAGUGGAGGAUGGCCUGGUGGUCAAGCGUGUCUCCCUGCAGCCCAGAUGGCGUUAGAUCUUGUGAACAACCGGAGCGACAUUCUACCGGACUAUGAGCUGGAGCUCAUUCAUUAUGACAGCAUGUGUGAUCCAGGAGAGGCCACUAAGCUGCUGUAUGAUCUACUAUACACAGAGCCGAUAAAGAUCGUCCUGAUGCCAGGCUGCAGCUCCGUGUCUACGCUGGUGGCUGAGGCAGCACGCAUGUGGAAUCUCAUAGUGUUCUCGUACGGCUCUAGCUCUCCAGCCUUAUCUAACCGACAGCGCUUUCCCACUUUCUUCCGUACGCACCCGUCAGCAACUUUGCAUAAUCCUACCCGUGUGCGGCUCUUCCAGAAGUGGGGAUGGACAAAGAUCGCUACAAUCCAGCAGACCACUGAAGUCUUUACCUCGACGUUGGAUGAUUUGGAAGAGCGAGUGAAGGAGGCCGGCAUUGAGAUAAGCGUGAGACAGAGCUUCCUCACUGAUCCCGCGGUGGCUGUCAAAAACCUGAAGCGACAAGAUGCCAGAAUCAUUGUCGGUCUCUUUUACGAGACGGAAGCAAGGAAGGUGUUUUGCGAGGUCUUCAAAGAGAAACUCUAUGGUAAGAAGUACGUUUGGUUCCUCAUCGGCUGGUAUGCAGACAACUGGUUUAAGAUCAAGGAUCCAGCUAUUAACUGCACAGUGGAGAAUAUGACGGAAGCUGUGGAAGGGCAUGUCACCACUGAAAUCGUCAUGCUAAACCCAGAGAUUGUCCGUGGCGCCUCCAACCUGACAUCCCAAGAGUUCCUGGCCAAGCUGAUGUCACGUCUCGGGGGGAAGAACCCAGAAGAAACAGGUGGCUUUCAGGAAGCUCCAUUGGCAUAUGACGCUGUGUGGGCCCUUGCACUAGCACUAAAUAAAACUGUGGCCCCUUUGAGGGCCAAAGACUGGGCAUUGGAGGACUUCAACUACAACAACAAGGAAAUCACUGCUGAGAUAUACCGAGCCCUCAACACAAGCUCGUUUGAAGGAGUCUCUGGUCACGUAGUGUUUGACGCUCAGGGUUCCCGUAUGGCUUGGACUCUUAUUGAGCAAUUGCAAGGUGGCAGCUACAAGAAGAUUGGAUACUAUGACAGUUCAAAAGGCAACCUGUCGUGGUACGGAAAUGACAAAUGGAUUGGCCUCGGCCCUCCGGCAGACCAGACCAAGGUUAUUGAAGAGUUCCGUUAUCUUUCCCAGAAGCUCUUUGUGUCUGUGUCUGUCUUUGCCGGUCUGGGAAUACUUCUAGGCAUAGUUUGCCUUUCCUUCAACAUAUAUAACAGCAGUGUGAGGUACAUUCAGAACUCUCAGCCCUAUCUGAACAACAUGACUGCAGUGGGUUGUGUGCUGGCGCUGGCUGCUGUCUUUCCCCUGGGCAUCGAUGGUCUCCAUAUCCAUAGAUCACAAUUCCCUGUUGUGUGCCAGUUUCGCCUGUGGCUACUUGGUCUUGGCUUCAGUUUAGCCUAUGGCAGCAUGUUCACCAAGAUCUGGUGGGUUCACACUGUCUUCACCAAGAAAGAUGAGAAGAAAGAGAAAAGGAAGCAGCACUUGGAUCCAUGGAAGCUAUAUGCGACGGUUGCAGUUCUGCUGGCGAUUGAUGUACUCUCUCUGCUUAUCUGGCAAAUCAUGGACCCCUUGCACAUCACUGUGGAGAAGUUUACUAAAGAGGCUCCUAAAGAAGAUCUAGAUGUGUUGAUUCAGCCUCUUCUUGAGCACUGCAGCUCAGAGAAGAUGAACACGUGGCUUGGUGUGGUGUAUGGCUACAAGGGACUUCUGCUGCUGCUGGGGAUCUUUCUGGCCUAUGAGACAAAGUCCAUCUCCACAGAAAAGAUUAAUGACCAUAGGGCGGUUGGCAUGGCCAUCUACAAUGUAUCUGUGCUGUGUAUGAUUACUGCUCCAGUGACAAUGAUCCUCUCCUCUCAGCAGGAUGCUUCAUUUGCGUUUGCCUCCCUGGCCAUCAUUUUCUCUGUCUAUAUCACCCUUGUUGUGCUCUUUGUGCCUAAGAUACGACGUUUGAUCACUCGUGGCGAAUGGCAAUCAGAGCAGCAGGACACGCUUAAAACCAGCUCCUCCACCAACAACAACGACGAAGAAAAAUCACGCCAGCUGGAGCGUGAGAACAGGGAACUCCAGAAGAUCAUUCAAGAGAAGGAAGAAAGAGUGACAGAACUACGGAGUCAACUUGCAGAACGUCAGGCCUUGCGUUCUCGUAGGCGCCAGUCCGUCCUGAAUCAGAACCAGAACCACAGCGUCCCACCAUCUCAGGCGGAUCCCCCUAGCUACUCCCCCGCUACAGACAAACAAUCUCUAACUCCUUCCUUCUCCAAUUCCUCCAACCUCUACCAGGGCGAAGGCAAACUGAGCCGAAACAACUGCCACAACAGCCGUUUGCCCCUGCUGUAUAAAUGAUCCAGGUGUUCUGGAUGGUGCAAAGAUAUAUCUAGUAACCUGUAGUUUAAGGACACUCUCUUUAUUUCUAAGUUGGCAGGUUUAUGACUCAACGUUUGGCUUCCUGACCUUCCAUGACAUUCCUGUUUGUUUACUUUUGAUAGCUCAAGAAUUCUGGAAACGAUUUAAAAUGCUUUCACUGUAUGAAUCUAUUGGGGGUGGGGGGGGGUAUUCUAUCUAUUAAGCUUUCUAACUUUCCUUGAGGGCUGGAUUGGGCUAACUCAAAAUUAAAAGAUCUGAACUGCUGUUUGCAUGCUUAGAAGUUCUGAGCAGGAGUAAGUCCAAAAGAGAUGAGUUACUUAAUUCACGUUUGAGUUUUGUCAUUAUUGUGCCCUUGAGCGUAGCACUUAAAUCUGGGUUCUUCAAGAAGAACUGGAAUUGGACCGUUGUAAAUCCCUUUGGAUAGAAGUUUCUUUUAAACACUAGGACAAGGGUGUUUAGAAAGUUUUACUGAGGUGCUGGAGCCAGAACCGGUCAAAUGUUUCUUUGAUAUAUUUUAAGUGUCAGUGGAAGAAGACCGUGUCUGAAGAAGAGCAUGCCUUCGUGCUUCACUUAACAUUUGAAAGACUAGCUGAGUGUCGCUUUAAUGAGACAGGCCUUGCAUUGCAGCAACUGUGUAUCUGGUGAAUUGCUCGUUCUCAUCCAGAUCACAAAGAAAAUGAGACAAGGUUUUAGCUGAACCUGUGAUUUACGUACUCCUAAAGGUAUUUGACCUGAGUCUGGUCGAUACUCUAUUUUCCCCAUAUGCUUUUUCUCCUCUAAUCCCUAAGGCUGCGUGCCUGUGUGCUUUAAUGGCUUUCCUGUCCUUGUAUCACCCUCUUCUGCUCACAUUUGUUACAGCCAUAGUAGUAGAAGUGGAGUAGAAUGAAAUGGAAGUGAAUGAAGUAUGGGUGCUUUAUUUUGACCUGGACUAUGUAAGAAAAGUGUUGGAUUGUUUUAACAUUUAUUAGGGUACAGUCAGAGCGCUAUAUUACUUAUACUUUUUUUGUUUGUCAAAUCAUCUUAGACGUUUGUGAUUUGUGUGUACUUCACAGUUCAUGUGAAAAAUAAGCACAGGCCUCAAAAAAGCUUCUGCAGCUUUUGCUCUUCCAGGGCAAUUUUUGUAGACACCACAGAGCCUGGAGCUAAUGCCACUAACCAUAUUUUAUUAAAAAUGUUCUAAUAUGAAUUAUUAUUAUUAUUAUUAUAUUAUUAUUUUUUUUUUUUUUGGUGAUGUCACUGUUGCUGAAUUCUGAAUGUGGAAAGUUGUCUCCGAAAACUAGCUGCCUGACCAGUUAAAUUUUCUCAUCCCAAAUUCAAGAGCAGUACUUGGUCUGUGAAAUACUAUAUAUUUUUUAUGUUUAUUUAUUUAUUAUUUGUUUGUUUA